AUGUCCAGCGACGAGAUCCCCAUGGACGUCUUCCUCCUCCCCGUCCGAGGGAACUUCCGAGGGAAGUCGGUCCUGCUCAACGGGUCCCACCACCCUGGUGCCAGCCCGUUGUUCCGUCCCUCUGAAUUUGAUGAUCUCAACCGGCCGCUUUGUCGCAGUCGCGCGUCCUCAGCGAGACCGAGUUACCCCGGAUUGCGGUCAAGAAUAUCUGUGUCGUCGGCGCAGGAUAUGUCGGUAGGUCGUGAUCCCAGCCGAGAUUCAGCGGCAGCAUUCACUGUUGUGGUGGAGCAGACCUGCCAGCUCAACGAUGGCAGUCCCAGCACUUACCCGUCCACGAACCGGGGUUUGGACACGGUCGUGCGUAUUGUCCGCGACGGUGCCGAUAUCAGCACCGAGGGCAUCCAGCCCGCUGCCUCUGCAUCUGGACGCCCCCAGAAUUUGCCUUUCACGUGUAACUCUGCUCAGGCCAUCUCACGCGCAGAUAUCAUCCUCAUGGCGCUUGCCACCCACCGACCAGGCGUCUCUUUCGAGGUUCUUUUUUUCCAACCCCGAGUUCUCGCCGAGGGCACGGCCGUCAAGAACCUCACGGCCCCAGACCUGGCAUUGAUCGGAUCCGCACCCACUUCCCAGCGGACGCCUAGCGGCCCAGACUUUGGCCAAUUGUAUGCGGCUUGGCCCCCCAUCGCGCAUCAUCGAGACCAAUGCAUGCGCGAUCGAUUCUCUCGCAAGAUCAUCGAUCGUUUCGAGGGUAACCUGGUUGGACGCAAGCUCGCGAUGCUCGGAUUCGCCUUUAAGAAGAAUACCGGUGACACGCGCGAGUCCUGGCGGUGGAAGUCGUUCGAAGAUAUCCUGCGCGAGUUGGAGACUGUCUGCCCGAGUUCAGCGCAAAUUAGAUUGUCAAGGUUCAUCCGGACCCGUACCUGGCCUGUUCCCAAGCCUGCGGUGCUGGUAGCAACCGAUUGUGACCAGUUCCGGAAUGCCCCAGCCCGUAAAAUCAUCCAGUCCAUUAUUCCUCCCAUGCAGAAAGAACUGGCUCGCUCUACCGCGGAUGCGAUGGGCGAGGAAAACCCAAGGAGCCUGUGCCCGACAGGACCAGGAGGACCUGGACCCAUGCGGGCGUGUCUUAUCAACUGCGACCCCAAGAAGCCUGCUCUGCAGACUGCGGUGAUUGCCGUUCAGCUGCGACCCGGCCAACGGCCACCGAGGCGACCGAGUGGACGCAUUGCGUACAACAUGGUUGAGCCAAAGUGGGAAGACGGGCGGGGAAUCUUGGACGCGGUGGAGUUGAGCGGCUCGGCGUUAGUGUGGACGUGGUGGGCCGACGAACCCAGGAAUUGGUGGCAUAGUAUAAUGACAUUCUUGUGCUUUUGA